GACAUUCUUCAGAUUUCGGUCUUUCACGGUAACAUAUACACCGAAUAAUUUAAAACGACUUAAUCCAUUUAGUCAAGUUUAUAAUCACCAAUACGGAGCAAGAAUUAUACGGCUGUUUCUACGGUUGAACAUUUCUUGCUACUCUAAAAAUUUUAUAUAUUAACGUUUCUUAGUUUUCUUCUUAUGUCCUUGUUUUGUAAUCAAAAUACGAAUAUACAAUUUAAUUCUAUAUGGCAGCGUUAAAAAUAUUCCCAUUCAUUCAAGAAUAUAUUUCUUGUACGGUUGUACACGAAGUAAUUUGUGAGCGAUCUCUUGGUCUGAAAACACAGUUUGUGUUUUUGUAUCGUUCUGCAGCGUACUUAUAUUUGGCGCCGUAUCGAGUGUCACAUAGACCGGAGUUGAUCGGAGUGUUGGGCAAUGGCCAAGAUUCAUCGUGAGGAAACGAGGCGGAUCGUGUUCUUUUGUAAAUGAAACCACUCGCCCCACUUCGGCUAUGGCUAGCUCAUGCUUUAGCAAUGUGGACGAGUAUGGUUUUGAGCGGCCCAGUAAUUUUGAUUAUGAAACUUAUGAAGAAUUCAUGUCAGAGUACCUUAAAGUAUUGGCAAAACGGGCUAAGAAAUGGUCUAAUAUUAUCGGAGAGGGAAAAUCGUUGCAGCGCAGUAUCACAAUUAAACGAUAUGUACGUAAAGGAAUUCCAGGGGAACACAGGGGAAUGGUUUGGUUAUCAGUCAGUGGUGGAGAAGACUUGAAGAAUGCCUCACCAGACCUCUAUCAAAGAUUACUAAAUGGUCCGCACAAUAGAGAAGUAGCCGACAUAAUAAAGACGGAUCUGCCACGUACAUUUCCUGAUAAUAUCUUCUUCAACAAUACAGAAAACCAUCAACAUCAACUGUAUAAUGUAUUAUUGGCUUUUGCACAUCAGAAUAAAACAGUUGGGUACUGUCAGGGAUUAAACUACAUAGCAGGAUUAUUGUUACUUGUGACUAAGAACGAGGAGACUGCUUUUUGGUUACUGAAAAUGCUAAUUGAAAAAAUUCUGCCGGAAUAUUACACACCAACAAUGGACGGCCUUCUCACAGAUAUUGACGUACUGGCUGAACUAGUUAGGAUGAAAAUGCCGGAUGUUUAUCAGCAUGUUACAAACUUGGGGUUACCCUGGGCAGUGAUAACUACAAAGUGGUUUGUAUGUCUUUUUGCAGAAGUGCUUCCAAUUGAAACAACUUUGAGAAUAUGGGAUUGCCUCUUCUAUGAAGGUAGUAAAAUCAUUUUUAGAGUGGGAUUGACUUUAAUAAAACGGAACAAAGAAAACUUAUUAUCCUGCCGUGACUUUACACUCCUCGCUGAAUGUUUUAAAGAAAUUACAAAAGACAGCAUUGUCGUGCAGUGCCACGAUUUCAUGCAGAGCAUUUUUAAAGUUCCUGGGUCAUUGCCAGGCAAUACGAUAGCAAAGCUGAGGUCUCGGAUAGCAGAAGAUCGCGCCCGACAGAAACAAGUGAAAUCCAUACGGUAGUACACAUCAGAAGAAAUACGAAUGAUCCCACCGGACCUCAUCUAGUCAAUCGAUAUAACGUACAAGCGUCCCGUUACUAUACAAGGACCUAACAGUAAAUUUGAAACGAAACAAUGUGGUAUAGCAGCACCACCGAUCUGGUGCAUCGAACAAAUGGAUAGAACAAAAAAGUUAUGAAAUAAUCAGUAUUAAGUAUUAUCCUUUUCCGACGGUAAUAAAACAAAAAAAUGAUCCGUUUGCGAAUGCUCACACUCGUUUUGUUUACUUUGGCAGGCCUAAGAAAGAAAGUCGAGUGGGU